AUGCCGCAGCUGUAUCCCCUCACCUGCCUGGUGCUGACCAUCCCCGUGUUCACCUCCCUCAUGGAGCAGUCUUACUCGGCUCUGAAGCGAAUCAAGACGCACGCCAGAACCAGUACUGAAGAGGAUCGCCUGGGAGCUUUGCCCCUGCUGGUCUAUGCAGUCCCAAUAACAACAGUUGAGUCCCUAGAAAGGAAGUUCAGUGACUUUCUUCGGAAGUGGCUGGGCCUUCCACGCAGUCUCACCAGCGCUGCACUGUACGGGACGAGUAACAUCCUGCAACUACCCUUCAGUGGUCUCACGGAAGAAUUCAUGGUGGUACGCACCAGAGAAGCCCUACAGUACAGGGACUCCAGGGACUGCAAGGUGUCAUCAGCUGGCAUUGAGGUGAGGACAGGAAGGAAGUGGAAGGCUGGGAAAGCACUGGAGGCAGCAGAGUCACGUCUGAGACAAAAGGCUCUGGUGGGCACUGUGGCGACAGGCAGAGCAGGCUUGGGUUACUUCCCGAAGACUCUGGUCAGCCAGGCCCGUGGCAAGGAAAGACACCUACUCCAGGAAGAGGUCCGAGCAGGUGUAGAGGAAGAGUGAGCAGGGCCGGGACUCUGGCAGCAGGGAGCGUGGACAAGGUGGGAGAGUGCAUUGCAGCGCAGGAUCACCUGGACAAACAUCUUACAGGCAGACUUCCAUCGGGUCCGUUUCCUUAUACAAGCUGUCGAUGAUGCCCUGCCAAGCCCAGCGAACCUCCAUGUCUGGGGGAAGAGCGAGACACCUUCCUGCCUUCUUUGCUCUGGAAGAGGCUCCUUAGAACAUCUCCUCAGCUGCUGCCCAAAGGCUCUGGCCGAUGGCCGCUAUUGUUGGCGCCAUGACCAGGUGCUUAAGGCAAUUGCUGAGAGCUUAGUCUCAGCCAUCAGCACCAGCAAACACCAUCAUGCUCCAAAGAAGGCAGUCCCCUUCAUCAAAGCUGGCGAGAAACCCCGGGCACGCCCACAACUAACAACAGGCCUCCUCCACACUGCUUCUGACUGGCAGCUGCAGGUCGACCUGGGGAAGCAGCUGAGGUUCCCCCAGCACAUUGUAACAACAAGUCUCCGCCCAGACAUGAUCAUUACCUCUGAGGCUUCAAGACACCUGAUCAUUCUGGAACUUACGGUGCCCUGGGAAGAGCGUAUUGAGGAAGCCAAUGAGAGGAAACGUGCUAAGUACCAGGAACUGGUGGAGGAGUGCAAGGCGAGAGGCUGGAGAACCUUUUAUGAGCCUAUAGAAGUCGGCUGCAGAGGCUUUGCAGGGCGUUCACUUUGUAAAGUCCUCAGCCGUUUGGGUGUUACAGGGGCAGCCAAGAAGAGGGCCAUCCAAUCCGCAGAGAAGGCCACAAGGUGGCUUUGGAUUUAGAGGGCUGAUCCGUAGACUG